CGACGAGCGGCACCACCACCUGGCACCUCACGCCCCACGCGUCAGUUCUCCAGGCUGCCCGCCCUCCCUGCAUGGAGGCGCUGGCGCGGCGAGGCGCCUACUUUACCCCGCACCCCGCGCCGCUCUUCUCGCCCGUACGUUUCGGCUCCCCCGCGCGGUGCUCCUAGACAGUGGUGCUGCUGCGACCUCGCCUGCGCAGACGGAUGGCUCCGUGGUGGUGCUUCGGGUUGCUCCUGCUGCUGUGUGCGUUGGCGGGAGCGGACGCCUCGAAGGGGAGGUGGGACCCGGUGAUCCGGAUUCCGAGGGAGGAGGAGCCCGCCACGGCGCGCGGCGACGGGGGCUCCCAGGAGGAGGAGGAGGACGGCGUCGGGACGAGGUGGGCGGUGCUCGUCGCCGGAUCCUCCGGCUAUGGGAACUACAGGCACCAGGCCGAUAUAUGCCAUGCCUACCAGAUAUUGAGAAAAGGGGGCGUAAAAGAGGAGAACAUCGUGGUGUUUAUGUAUGAUGACAUUGCCAAAAACGCUCUCAACCCGAGGCCAGGGGUUAUCAUCAACCACCCAGAGGGCGAAGAUGUAUAUGCUGGCGUUCCAAAGGACUACACUGGAGAGGCAGUUACUGCUAAGAACUUCUAUGCAGUUCUCUUGGGCAAUAAAACUGCGGUCACUGGCGGGAGUAAGAAGGUCAUAGAUAGCAAAUCAAAUGACCAUAUAUUUAUCUACUACUCAGAUCACGGGGGUCCUGGAGUCCUUGGUAUGCCCAACCUGCCAUAUCUCUAUGCUGCUGAUUUUAUAAAGGUCUUACAAGAAAAACAUGCAUCCAAUACCUACGCAAAAAUGGUUAUAUAUGUGGAAGCUUGUGAAAGUGGCAGUAUUUUUGAGGGUUUGAUGCCUGCAGACCUCAAUAUUUAUGUCACAACGGCAUCUAAUGCAGAAGAAAGCAGCUGGGGUACAUACUGCCCAGGAAUGGAACCAUCGCCUCCUUCUGAGUAUAUUACUUGCUUAGGUGAUCUCUACAGUAUUUCUUGGAUGGAAGACAGUGAGACUAAUAAUCUGAAGGAGGAGACAAUCAAGAAGCAGUACGAAGUGGUAAAGAAGCGAACCUCAGACAUGAACAGCUAUAGUGCCGGUUCUCAUGUUAUGGAGUAUGGCGACAAGACCUUCAAGGAUGAGAAGCUUUACCUUUAUCAAGGUUUCAAUCCUGCAAACACCAACAUUACAAACAAGCUAUUUUGGCAAGCCCGAAAGGCUGCAAUCAACCAAAGAGAUGCAGAUCUUCUUUUCUUGUGGAGGAGGUACGAGCUGCUACAUGAAAAGUCUAAAGAGAAGGUGAACGUUCUGAGGGAGAUCAGCGAGACAGUCACCCACAGGAAGCAUCUUGACAGCAGCAUCGAUUUCAUUGGGAAGCUUCUAUUUGGCUUCGAGAAUGGACCUUCGAUGCUUGAAACUGUCAGACCUUCUGGGAUUCCUCUAGUGGACGACUGGGAUUGCCUGAAGAGGAUGGUGCGGAUCUUUGAGUCUCAUUGUGGAUCGCUCACUCAGUAUGGUAUGAAGCACAUGCGAGCAUUUGCAAAUAUUUGCAACAAUGGCAUUUCUGGCACAUCGAUGAAGGAAGCAAGCAUCAGUACGUGCGGUGGCGGUCACAACUCCGCAAGAUUGAGCACCUUGAUCCAAGGGUACAGCGCUUGAUCGAUCAGUCCGCUGAGGUACACACUAGUAUGUUACUUGUCCUCGGCUUAUGCGAAUGUGAAUAUGUAGUAUUGUAUGGGACUAUUAGUGUAUCCCGAAAAUAUGUAGUAUUGUAUGGGACUAUUAGUGUAUCCCGAAAAUAACCUUGCGGCCGACUAUAUAAGAAUGUGCCUAUGUAUGUUGCUUUA